UCGCGCAGCUCAGUCCUAUCAAACAAGCUCGCUCCCAUUCCAAGUGCGGCGACCACAAUUGCGAUUCAUUCUAGGACUGUUAAGACGGUUGAAACAACAUGGCUUUCCCAAAGAACUCCUUUAUAUGGGUGGCUCUGAAAAUUAUUUCCCUCAGCUGGAACGUUUGGGCCAAGGUGGACGUGACCAUGAUGGAGAACAUGGAGGUGUCCCUGGGCGACUCAGCAGAAAUCCCUUGCCAGUACUCGUUCAGUGACCAUGAGAGGCCUUCCAUCGUCCUUAUCCAGUGGUUUGUGAAGCUCCAAGGCAGCGGUGGCAAAAGACAGCGUAUCUUCUACGGCGACGACAGCCAGCAGAUGGUGGACGAGAACACGGGCUACUCCGGGCGCAUCACGGUGGCUCAGGACGAGCAGGGCUCCCUGCUGACCAUCGAGGACAUCAACCUGUCCGACGAGAGGGAGUUCUUCUGCCAGGUCAACGGCAUUGCCGCCGGCAACGGAGAGGGCAAGACUUACCUGAGGGUUUUCGAUCCACCAGAGUCUCCAGUGAUUGAGGGAGUCCUUGAUGGAAUCUCUGUGACCAAUGACCUACCUUCAAAGGUUGCAUCCUGUGAGGCCAGGAACGGCUUUCCCCGACCCAACAUCACCUGGUACCGUGACAACAUCCCACUUGUUCCAGCACAGGGCUUGGUUAAAAUAGUGACUCUGGUUACCCGCGAGUCCAAUGAUUUCUACUCAGUCCAGAGUGAGCUGCAGUACAAAGUGACCAAAGAGGACAAGGACGCCUCCUUCUCCUGCGAGGUCAGCUUCCUGGUUCCUGGCAAUGUGGAAACAGCCAGGUCCAGGGAAGUCAACAUCACUGUGCACUACCCGACAACCGUGGUGGAGCUGUGGAAGGAAUCCCCCCAGGGCCUGGUCAAAGAGGGGGACACUGUGGAGCUGCGUUGCCAGGGUGAUGGCAACCCCCCAUCACCCUUAACUUUCAUCCGAGAACAAGGUCUUGAUGAGGUGUUGGAUGUCACUGAUGACGUGCUGGUGCUGAGUGGGGUGACGCGUGCAGACAGCGGGGUGUACAAGUGUCAAACUCUGAACCUGGACUCUGUUUCGGAAGUUUCAGAUGACAUACAGCUCACGGUCCACUACCUGGACCCAGCUGUGGUCGUGCCCAAAGACUCUGAGAUCAUGUAUAAAGGAGAGAGCCUGACGGCUACCUGCAACGCCCUGUCCUCCCUGGAGACCUCCACUGUCUGGCUGAAGAAUGGGCAUCAGGUGGGCCUAGGUCACAUCCUCCUCCUGCAGGAUGUGACCUACGACACGGCGGGGGAGUACGUGUGUGAGGUGACCGUGCCCUCGCUGCCAGGCCUGCACACCACCGGCUCUGUACACAUCAUCGUCCAGGGGGCUCCUCAGGUGAAGGAUGCCGACAGGGAGGAGGCGAUGGACGAGGCUGUGGGGAAGCUGGUCAACCUGAGCUGUGAGGCCCACGGAUUCCCUCUGCCCUCCAUCACCUGGCACAUCCCUGGCAACCAGUUCACGGAGGUGCUCUCCAGGAAGACGGACCACAGCGCUCACAGCGUGGUGUCUUUCAAAGUGACCUCUGACAUCAUAGCCCUGUGCAACGCCACCAGUGACAUGGGCACCGAGAUGAAGUCAUUCAGCAUCAAAUCCAUUCCCAUGGUCACAUCAACUGCUCCCUACUCUCCUGGUAAGCCCUUAUCAAUAGAUCCCUGUCUACCAUCUAUUCACAAAUAUAUCUGUCUCUACGUCUUCUCUAAAACUCUUAAUCAGUCUUCUGACAUCGAGAGGCACUUCUGCUUCUACGACUUUCCAUACUCAACGUGAGCAGCAGUCCAGACCA